UGAUGAACCGCAGCUGAUGCCCAAGACGCCGUCGCAGAAGAACCGGCAGCGGAGGAAGCGGCUUUGCGGCCCGCAGGAGGAGAGUGUGGAGCCGGGCAGGAAGCGAUUAUCUAGAAGGAGGAACAGCAGUCUCAAACUGGUAAGCUCUAUACGAUACUCUCAGCGACUCCGAAAUAAAGAAAGGCUGGAACUAAGCAGGGCUGAGGCCAAAGAACAGUCUCCACCUCAACGCGUGACAAGGUCCCAAGCUGUAACAUCUGCUAAAAGCUUGGAGGGUGUUCCUGAGACCCCCUUGGCCCAGCAAGAAGAAAGGCAGGUUUCCUUAGAGGAGAUUGAUGUCAGUGGUUGCAUUUGUGCUGAGCAACAUCUCCAGAAGAGCACGCCCGGACCUGCAGAGCAGCUCUCCACCAGCAUCUCUCUGAGCUCUGAUGGUGGCUCUCCCAGGCAGAGCAGGGUGGUCAAAUCACCUCCUGGGCCUACAGCUGCCGAGCUGAUGGUUCCUCACACCCCUGAGGCAAGCAAUGAAGGGGGAAGUGAGGCUGCAGCUGAGCUGAAGGCAGCUAAUACUACUGUCAUUUUAAGUGAGAAGUCUAGGCUGGAGGAUGGUGAGGACUCUGCUCAGGUAGAGGAGGGGUUGGACAAGGAGCCACCCCAGCGCAUAAGGGACAGCCCAGGGACUCCGACACGCUCGAGGCUGAGCCGGCGCUCGGUGCGCAGAAGCCUGAUGGGCAAAACUUCCAUGACUCGCAGAACCUCCUUGGCAGAGAAAUACUCACUGGCCAGCAAGAGGGAAAGUAUGAUCCGGAAAUCAGCUACAAGGGCAACAGCCAAGAGGAAGACAGCUUGGAAGUCAUCCGUGUCCUCCAGUCAUGUGGAAGCCUCCAGCUCUGGAGAGGUGCCAGAGGAUGAAGAAACAGUUGUCAAAAUUAGGCCUCCUCCUGGAUCUUGUACCCCUUCCAAUUUGAAUCCCCAAAGCCCACGAAUGUCACUUCGCUCUCGAACCAUCAGCAGAAAGGAGCAGCCACAGGAGCCAGGCAACAACGAAAGCAACUCAAAUAAAGGGGAGACCCAGGAGCCACCCCAGAGUGCCAGGAGAAAGCCAAGUUACAAGAGAGCUGUGGACGAACGCUAUGACCAUCAGCAAGCAGAAGAUGGAGGGCUUUCUCCUCCAAGAAGACAGACCCCAUCCUCUGUCUUUCCAGCCAGCAAAGUUGUACGUCCUUUCAAAACGUUUUUGCACACUGUGCAGAAGAACCAGCUCCUCAUGACGCCGAGCUCUGUGGGGAGAAACGGAGUGAUAAAAUCUUUUAUCCGAUACAACACUCCUCUCCACUUGGAUCCUAAGGAAAAGGAGAGACAGAAGCUAGAGACUCUGAGGAAAAAGCAAGAAGCCGAGCACUUGAGAAAACAAAAACUGGAGGAAGAAAAGAAACGGCGAUUAGAAGAGGCAAAGCUGAAGCGUGAGGACCGUCUGCGCAAAGUGUUGCAAGCUCGGGAGCGGGCAGAGCAGAUAGAGGAAGAGAGGAAAAGGCGUAUUGAGCAGAAGAGAGCUCUGUUUGAUGAGAAGACCGAGAAGGUGCGGGAAGAAAGGCUGGCAGAAGAGAAGAUCAAAAAGAAAGCAGCUGCCAAGAAAAUGGAAGAAGCAGAGGCCCGGCGCAGGCACGAAGAGGAGGCCAGAAAACUAAAAGCACAGCAGCAGGAGGAGGAGGAACGUCGGCACAAAGAGCUAAUGCAGAAGAAGAAGGAAGAGGAGCAGGAACGUGCCAGGAAGAUUGCGGAGCAGAGACAGGCAGAACAGGAGAGGGAGAAGCAGCUAGCUGCACAGAGAGAGCUGGAGAGGAAGAAGGAACAGGAGAGAAUCCUGGCAGAAAAGCUCCGUGAGCAGCAGGAGAAGGCUGCUCGCCUGCAGAAGGACGCACUGGCUGCUAAAGGACAGCUCCCCAAGGAGAUGGGGAAGACGAACCAGGAGCAGAGGCUAGCAGAGAUGAAGAGGCAGGAGCAAGAACAGAAGAAACUGCCAGAGGAACAAAAGGCUAAAGAUGUAGCCCAAACCCGGCACCUAGAAAACAAAGAGAAUUCGCCUGCCUGCAGCUCAUACCAGAUGACUCCCCAGGCCCCAAAAGUUCCCAAGCCCGUCCUGACAAACCCGAACAACUACGGGCUGGAUCUGAACAGUGAUGACUCUACGGAUGACGAAAGCCAGCCUCGCAAGCCCAUCCCUGCCUGGGCCACCGGGAAUCUGCUUAGCCAAGCUGUAACCCACCAGUACUACAACCCUCCCAACGUUGACGCUCUCUUCGGGACGAUCGCAAGCCCCAAGCUGGAGGACAUCUUUUACAAGAGCAAGCCGCGCUACUUCAAGCGCACGAGCUCUGCGGUGUGGAACUCGCCGCCCUUCCCCAGCACCAGGCCAGCCCUCGCUCUGCCCUACACCCUCAAGAAGUACUGAGGUGGGCAGAGGCUCUUCCUUACGGAGCAGGGGGUGUGAGUUUCUGUCUCUAGGUGAGAAAAGAGUUACUGUUCAGUAUCUGUAAAUCUUUAGGUAUUAGCGUGGAAUAAAUGUCAGUUCUUACCGGGCCUCUUGCAUUUUCUGUUUUCAGGGCUUAUUUUAGGCAAAACAGGAAGCUUUUGGGAGAUACCGCCUCAGAAAGAUGCAUCUCCUUUUACUGUAGCUUUAAGCUGGCAAAGAUUCAGAUCUCUAGGUCAGGGAUGUGCAUCCCUGAAAGCUGUAUGACCCUCCCCUCCCCAGGCAGGGCUGGGAGCUGUCCGUCUGUCUGUCCAUGGCCGAAGCCAGAGGACUCGUAGCACUGAGGCCACCGUGUACAUCGUGGUCAGACCUGAACAGGCACUACUGGUGUUCCCCAGGAGCAUGAGAUCAGCAGGGGGUUCUUUGUCAUCUCAAAUUGCAAAGGGGCUUCAGUGUUUCAUUUUUCAGUAACACACUUUAUGCCACGCCCGGUGCCGUUCUGUGUGUGAGCUCCGGUGAUGCUGAUGGUGCUGCAGCUCAGGCUGAAAAACACAGAUUUUAUCGAUCUUUCUUCAGGUGCUGGAGAGAGGGGCGACCCUAGGUGUAACCGUGUCUCCAGGAAUACCCAGAGUAGUGGAAGGCAGCUUUCUUCUAGGCUUUAAGAGAAACUACAAAGGUUCUGAUAGAAUUUUGUCUCUCUAAUUUAAAUUCCAUGUCUGUGGCAUCGACUGAAUUGAAAGAAUGAGUUUAAACUUCAUCCCUCUUUCUGUUUUCUCCCCUUGGCUGUUUCAUUUGUUCAGCAUCAAAGCUGGUUUGAUUUCUAGGCCUGUUUUGCAUUACACAUUCAGUAAGACAGUGUCAAAUGGGCUGUUACCAGAACAGUUCCCUCUGAACAGCAAAAUAUCGGCUUAGAAUUUAAUUUCCAAGAGCACUUGGUCUUUUAGACAUUCUUUCCACACUAGACUCGCAAAUGGCACAGACAGUUGUUUUCUCUGACAGGCUCCUGUAUGGCGAGAGGUCUCGGUAGGACAGUACUUACUGGAAGAUUUUAAGGAAAACAGUUACUUUUGUUUCUGUUGGUUGUGGAAGUCUGCAUUCUGCAAAUUAGACACCCCCCGUGGUUCUUACUUCAGGUUCAUCUUUCGUUGCGGCUUGAUUUGUUUUAAAGUCGGGUGAGCGUUUUGUGGCUGUGAUUUCAGUAAGCAAGAGACUGAAAAGCACAUUUGUGCACACACAACUCGGUCCUUCAAAAUCACUGUACAGAGAUUCUGCAACACGGGAGGAGGCUUCAACCUUUCUUUGUGCUGUAGUUCAUGAACUGUUUGCAAGCCAAUGGCUUUACAGUGAUGUGGGGUUUUAUAUUUAAAUACAUAACUGCUAGAUGCUCUGCUUUGGUCCGUGUUUGUAUCUGCGAGGGGACUGUGCUUUGAUAGGCGCUCUGUAGAUUGAGUUUUGUAUUUUAGGAUGAAUGUAACCUUUUUGUAAGAAAGCUUGAUGAAAUGGGAAAAAACUUUAAAGUUGAAUGCUACUUGAAUGUCUGAAUUUGAUAAAAGUGAGUUAAAUCAUUUCCUCUGGUCUCUUCUUAUGGAUUCAUCAUAGCUUUUUAUUAGACAAAUCUACAGUAUUUUGGGAUGUAUCCUUUUGAGUUGCUUUUUGCGCUGUUUCAUUAAUUCAGGAAUGUUCUGUUGAGGAAGAACUUAGUAACUCUUGCGGUAAAUAUUUUUGUUUAACAACCCUGCAGAAUUUGCUGACUAG